UGGAUGCGUGUGUGUGUGCGUGUGUGUCAUGGCGAGAUCCUCGCGUUCUGUAACUCUGCUUUAAGUGUGUGUUGACACUCUCAGCAGCCGCUGUCACUCUCAUUUCCACGCGCGCGCGAGUGUGUGUGUGUGUUUAUGUGUGUGUGUUUCUCCUGGCUGCAGCAACAUGUUCCGCCGAACCAAAAGCUGUCGCACCAGUAACCGCAAGAGUCUGAUCUUGACCAGCACGUCUCCAACUCUUCCCCGACCGCACUCUCCUCUGCCGGGACACAUCGGAAGCAGCCCGCUGGACAGCCCGAGGACCUUCUCUCCCAGCGCACCCGCACACUUCUCCUUCGCUUCAUCCAGACGGGCUGAUGGCAGACGCUGGUCUCUGGCUUCUCUUCCCUCAUCUGGAUAUGGGACCAACACACCCAGUUCAACGUCUUCCAGCUCGUCUCAGGAGCGGCUCCAUCAGUUACCGUUUCAGCCCACACUGGACGAGCUGCACUUCCUGACCAAACACUUCGGCAGCACGGAGAGCAUCACGGAUGAUGAUGGACGCCGAUCUCCGCACGUGCGGCCUCGAUCGCGCAGUCUCAGUCCAGGACGAUCAUCUUCCUGCUAUGACAACGAGAUCGUCAUGAUGAACCAUGUUUACAAGGAGCGCUUUCCUAAGGCGACGGCUCAGAUGGAGGAGCGUCUGGCGGACUUCAUAGAGUCAUACUCUCCUGAAAACGUGCUGCCGCUGGCCGACGGGGUCCUCAGCUUCAUCCACCACCAGAUCGCAGAGCUGUCCCGAAACUGCCUGACCAAAUCGCGCGAAGGCCUCAUCACUACUGUCUACUUCUACGAGCUGCAGGAAAACCUGGAGAAGCUCCUGCAUGAAGCGUAUGAGCGAUCAGAGAGUUCAGAGCUGACCUUCAUCACUGAGCUGGUCAAGAAACUCUUCAUCAUCAUCUCACGGCCUGCACGACUGCUGGAGUGUCUGGAGUUUAACCCUGAGGAGUUCUACCAUCUCCUGGAGGCAGCGGAGGAUCAUGCUAAAGAGGGCCAGCUAAUGAAAGCAGACAUCCCACGAUACAUCAUCAGCCAGCUCGGCCUGACCAGAGACCCGCUGGAAGAUAUGGUGAAUUUGGAGAGUUAUGACAGCGAGGGACCACACACACCGGAGACGGACGACUCAGCUGAAGGGAAGCUCAAAGCCAUCAAACCGCCCUGUGAAUCCGACUUUCAGACUAUCAAACUCAUCAGCAACGGAGCGUAUGGAGCUGUGUAUUUGGUCAGGCACAGAGAAACUCGACAGCGCUUUGCCAUGAAGAAGAUCAACAAACAAAACCUGAUCCUGCGGAACCAGAUCCAGCAGGCAUUCGUGGAGCGGGACAUCCUGACCUUCGCUGAAAACCCUUUCGUGGUCAGCAUGUUCUGUUCUUUUGAGACACGCCGUCACCUGUGUAUGGUUAUGGAGUAUGUGGAGGGUGGCGACUGUGCGACUCUGCUGAAGAAUAUCGGAGCGCUUCCGGUGGAUAUGGCUCGGAUGUACUUUGCGGAGACCGUUUUGGCGCUGGAGUACAUUCAUAAUUACGGCAUCGUGCACCGGGACCUGAAACCAGACAAUUUGUUGAUCACAUCAAUGGGUCACAUUAAGCUGACUGAUUUUGGCCUGUCAAAGAUGGGACUCAUGAAUCUCACCACUAACCUGUAUGAGGGACACAUCGAGAAGGAUGCCAGGGAGUUCCUGGAUAAACAGGUCUGCGGGACACCAGAGUAUAUCGCUCCAGAGGUCAUUCUCAGGCAGGGCUAUGGGAAACCUGUAGACUGGUGGGCCAUGGGAAUCAUCCUUUAUGAAUUCCUAGUAGGCUGCGUGCCGUUUUUCGGUGACACGCCUGAGGAGCUGUUUGGUCAGGUGAUCACAGAUUAUAUUGAAUGGCCCAAUGGAGACGAAGCACUGCCUGCAGACGCUCAGAGCCUGAUUUCAGCCCUGCUGCAAACCAACCCACUGGUGCGACUGGGCACAGGUGGUGCGUUCGAAGUGAAGCAGCACUCGUUUUUCUUAGGACUGGACUGGAACGGUUUACUCCGGCAGAAGGCCGAGUUUAUCCCUCAUCUGGAGUCUGAAGAGGACACCAGCUACUUCGACACACGCUCUGAACGCUAUCGCCACAUCAACUCCUAUGAUGAGGACGACACCAAUGACGACGAGCCUGUGGAGAUCAGACAGUUCUCUUCCUGCUCGCCUCGCUUCAGCAAGGUGUAUAGCAGCAUGGAGCACCUGUCCCAGCUGGAGCAAAAGACACCUGUAGUCACCCGCCGGGAGCACAAAGGGCGCCGCGAUGACAAGAUGACCAAGCGGGAGAGUUUAGGAAGCUUCAGUAUGAGGGACAAGAGCUGGAGGACAGGCUCACCUGAGAUGAAGCGUCUGUCAUGCUCCGAGUCUUUAUAUAUGGAGGGAGAUUGCAGUCCUCCGAUGGGUGCCCGGCGUCGUUUUUCAGCCCUAAUGGACACGCACCGGUUUGCUUCUCCUCAAGAGGGCGAUGGAGAGCGACAAGUUACUGCUAAAGCCACCGGAUCAUCAGAAGGAGCAGUUCCUCCAUCCUCACCCAGUGCUAACGAACAGAGAAAUGGAAAGGAAGUCAUGUCAGCCAACAGCAGUAAGAGUACAGACAAGGCAUCAAGGCCAGGUGAGGUAUCAGCACCACAGGCCAUACCUUCUACAGGAGCCACAGCAGUAAUCUCUAGGGACUUGGUUGCGACAGGUGACCCAGUCGGUCAGAGGGCAACCAAGGAUCUGGUGCUUCGGCGAGCACGCCAUCAGCAGCUGUCUAGUGAUGGGGAGAAACGUACCUCACGUCCGGGGAACAAGGUCAUCAAAUCUGCAUCUGCAACAGCACUAUCUGUCAUUAUACCCGGAGUUGAGCAGCAUGGUAACUCUCCAUUGGCUAGUCCUAUGUCUCCACGCUCGCUCUCGUCCAACCCUUCAUCGCGAGACUCAUCACCCAGCCGUGAUUAUUGCCCCACAGUCACAGUGCCCCGUUCCCCAAUCACUAUCCACCGCUCUGGCAAAAAGUACGGGUUCACACUCCGUGCCAUUCGGGUCUACAUAGGAGACACUGACGUCUACAGCGUGCACCACAUUGUCUGGCAUGUAGAGGAUGGAGGCCCAGCCCAGGAGGCGGGACUUUGUGCUGGGGAUCUCAUUACUCAUGUCAAUGGUGAAUCUGUGCACGGAUUGGUCCAUACCGAGGUGGUAGAGCUUAUACUUAAGAGUGGAAACAAGGUUACUGUGACCACAACACCCUUUGAGAAUACAUCCAUUAAAGUGGGACCAGCACGCAAAUCCAGUUACAAGUCCAAGAUGGCCCGACGCAGUAAGAGGACAGUCAAAGAGGGACAAGAAAGUAAAAGACGUGGAUCUUUGUUCCGCAAAAUAACCAAGCAAUCCAACCUGCUGCAUACAAGCCGUAGUCUGUCAUCUCUGAACCGGUCCCUGUCAUCUAGCGAUAGUCUUCCUGGGUCUCCUACACAUAGCCUGUCAGGUCAUUCCCCUACCCAAAGCUACCGCUCAACCCCUGAAUCGUCCCACCUUGGUGCCUCCUCUCAGAGCAGCUCUCCUGCUUCCAGUACCCCAAAUUCCCCUGCAACAACACAGCAUAUGAGACCUAGCUCCCUGCAUGGUCUUUCACCUAAACUGCACCGCCAGUAUCGUUCAGCUCGCUGCAAGUCAGCUGGCAACAUCCCUUUGUCUCCGCUGGCUCAUACACCAUCUCCAACUCAAUCCUCACCUCCUCCUUUGCCAGGGCACACAGUUGGAAGCUCCAACACGACGCAAACCUUUCCUGCCAAAUUACACUCGUCCCCACCAAUCAUAAGACCUAGACCCAAGAGUGCAGAACCUCCCCGAUCACCGCUACUCAAAAGAGUCCAGUCAGCUGAAAAACUUGGAUCACCGCUUUCAUCUUCAUCUGAGAAGAAAGGGGGGAUUGGGGUGAUGAGAAAGCACAGUUUGGAGGUCGGGCAUUCUGAUUAUCGCAAAGAUGGUUUCCAUUGUGAGCUUGGCUUGCAGAGUUUGGUGGAAAUUGAGGGUGAGAAUUUGGCUUCGGCACCAACAAAUUCUCCUUCACCCACCCAGUCGACCUCAUUACCACCUGAAACUGGUGUGCUGAAGCCAGUCAGGAAACUAGGCCGGCAAGAGUCACCUUUAAGUAGAGAUGCUUUGCUUGCUGGGAGGGAAAGGGAGAGGACUGGUAAAGCUAAUGAACCAAGUCGGCCUGCUGAAUCUAAACCAGGGGCAGUUACUCCACCUGGAUGUAAGAUAUCUCCAAAUUCUGAAACAUCUCAACGCCACACUUCUACUGUACAAGAAUGUUGCCUAGCCAAAACCCAAACUUGGCAACCACCACUAACCAAAUCCUCUCCAACAGCAUCAGAGUCCAAGUCUAGUAUAGUUACCUCCAUUCCGUCACCCCUGACAACACUGUCUUCCCCUUCUACCAAAACAAUAGAUCAGAGUUUCAUUAGAGAAGUGGGAAAUGAUGACAAAGGAAGUCUUACAAAGAUUCCCCAAAGCCAGACAUUAGGAACCACCAAGUUCCCAUGCUCAUUGAUUCCAUCAGAGUUAAUCAGCAAAGCCUUAUUAGAGAAAGAAGAAGGAAAGGACAACGGGAAGAAGGAAGUGAAAUCGGAAGUUGGGAAGACUUCAGCUCCAGGCAAGCUGAGUAUACCAUGUAGUCCCCCCGUGAAAACAACAAGCACAGAGGUAACCAAAGCAAAUGAGGGAUUUGGUGAUGGAGACAGUCUCAAAAAGGCAGUAUUAGAUUCAUAUAGCAGAACGUCAGAUGUCAGGGUAAGAACUGCCUUAGCACCAUCCAAAGGGGUUGUCCCAUCUCACCCACCCCAGACACAGUGCUCUGCCUUGGGAAAACUUAGGCAGGACAAGGGCCUAUCUGCUGUUAGCUGCUACCGUGGAUCAUUUGAUUGGGAGGAUAAAUGUCUCUUGGAGGUUGUAGAAGAACACUCUCCAUCCCCAACUCCUUCUCCAACUGGAGUGCCUCCUGAUUUGCUCAAAUCUCAACCUCAGCCUCCUGGAGAAAGGUCUGGUUUGGUUACACACUUGACAAGCACAGGGAAAUCUAUAGGGGCUGUUAAAAGUGGAUCUCAGGAGGGGCCUAAGGCCAAAGAUACCACCAAAUCUUUGGAUAUCACCCUGGCUUGUGCACCAGGUAAGCCUGAGUCAUCUUCUGAGAGUAGACUAAAUUCCAAAGCAGCCAUUCCAAGUCCUACUAGCUCCUCUUCACAGGUGAAGACUCUCAUUACUCCUAAGAAUGGCUCUUGAUCUUGUGUUAGGUGGAAAAUAAAUUGCCUUUUAUUGGGGGUUUAGAAGAAUUCUGUGUUUUCAAGCACUUAGGGACAUUCCAGCCAGUGAAAACAACGAUUCCACCAUUUUACGAUGAACAAAAGACAACAACUCCAAGGUUAUUUUAAAGGCUGUUAUUUACUGUACAUGCAGAGCUGCAUCAGAAAAUUGUGAUAUAUGUAUUAUAUAACAGCGUGUGUUGGGUGUUUGUGAGAAAGUGAAUGGAUGCAUGUUUCUUGGUGCUUGUGCAGGUAAAAAUAAACAAAACAUCAAGUGUGAAGUGCUUUAACAGAUCAAACAAUGCUGAAUACUGUGAACACCAAAAUAACGUUCCUAGGUUUUCUAAGGUGACAAACCACAUUUUUCCUUAACACAAAAACUGAGAAGAUGGCAUAUCACGUUUUUGACAUAGACAGAACAUCAUCAAGCACAUGCAUUGCUUCGUCAGUUGUUUUUUUUUUUUUUGGCUUAUACCCAAUUCAGGAGAUUCUAAUCAUGUUCGCAAAUCCAUUAUCAGGGAACACAUACUGCUUAAAGUCAAAUUUUGCAUUGUUUGUUUUGCUAGUGCAGAUUGUUAGUCUUAUGCUGUGUUCACACCAGAUGCAGAAGAAACGUCAAGCAUGAGUGAUUUACAUGGUAAGUCAAUGCAAAGACGUGAAAAGACAUCCUGCAACGCGAUAUGCACGAAUGAGGCGGCACAAAUGAUGCGAUUCGAGUGAAUGAAGCGGCGCGAGUUGAGCGUUUCACGCGAAUCGCUCCAGUUGGAAAAUCUGAACUUCAUUGGAAAUUCGCACCGCGUUAACCAACCAGGAGCUUUCUCUUGUAGGGGCGUGAUUAUGACAUAGCGCCUGUUUUUUGGUGUCCCCGGGGGAAAUUCUCCUGCCGACACCGGACAACAGUUCAUCAAAUUGGGCUUGGCUCAGUCUGAAGCACAGCUGAAAGCCUCCAUCAUCCAGGUACAGUUUCUGGAGGAGUGUAUGAGCUCACAGAGCUGGGUGCAUCUCGGAAUGGAUCUAGUGGACCCAGACACGGCUCCAAAUGUAUCGAUGCUGUUUAUUAGCCGCCCCAAAGAACAUAAACACAGAUAUUCUCUCAAUAAAAUCCAUGUUAGCCGUUUAGCACCGAAGCUAGAGUCACCGGGCAGACAGAAGCCCUGCCCAUCACGUGAAUCUGCAUCUAUUGCUCAGUGAAUUUGACACGCGAACGAAGCAAGUAAACUCAAAAUGUUCACGCGUCUAUUUACAUGCAAAUAUCGUGAUUUAUCCGCGCGUACCACGUCUGGUGUGAACGCAGCAUUAAGGUGAACAUGAACGUGAAGGUUUGUUUUGGUAAUCUUUAAUCAAAAUCUGAUCAGUUGUUUCUGCUGUUGAAUUGCAGUUCUUCUCUGAUUGGGCAAAUAUGCCUAGCCACGCCCCUCCAACCAUUAGUUUGCUGUGAGGGAACAAUAAUAGGAGGAGUGCAAAAAUAAAACCCCACUCCUACUCAAUAGACUUUUUAUUAAAAUAAAUUCUGCAGCAACAUGUGCUUCAGAUGGACUUUAAGCCAGGGACUGAUUACACCAUAGAUUCACCCCCUUACGAUAUUAACUCUUAACCAAUUCUCUCAUCAUACUGAGUUACAAAUGUUGAAAUAAGUAACGCUCUGCACACGAUGAUAUUACACAGUGUGAUUAACUAGUUACCUAUCUGGGGACUAUUUACCAUAGCCAUGGUACUGCAGCAAAGUUCCUUGAUUAUUAUGCUGGAAUGAGAGUAUAAUUAGUAGAGGAAAACUCUUUUAAAAAAUUUUUUGAGCAGGAUGCUAAUGGUAUAAUCAAAUUCAAUGAUCAGGGGUGACGAACCCUGUUCCUGGAGAUCUACCUUCCUGCAGAUUUCGGGUGCAACCCAUAUCAAACACACCUGCCUAUAAUUAUCAUAUGCCGGUCAGGUCCCAAAUAUUUGGUUCAGGUGUGUUUGAUCAGGGUUGGAGCUAAACUCUGCAGGAUGGUAGAUCUCCAGGAACAGAGUUGAGCACCCCUGAUCUAUGCUAAGCUAAGCUAAAAGUGCUCCUGCCAGACCUGGAGAUAGGCUGAAUGGAUUCAAAAAUGGUAAAACUCAUAUGUUUAACAACGGGAGUUUGUAAAAUAAGUCUAUUAUUUCCAAAAAAAGGUGGUGUGUUCCUGUAAAAGCAGAUUUGAGUCAUACUCACCUGUAGGUCAGGGUUGCACAGCUCUUGACUUGAACUAGCACAUCUUUUCUCUGUUUCUGAAAUCUCCUUGAAAGUGAUUGUUGACCUUACUGUGACUUGCACUCAAGUCUCAUGUUAGCUACCUGAAUUAAAACUUUCAGCCAUGGUUUUUCCCCCUGUGUGUUUAGAGCAAGAGAACACGGUUUGUCUGGUUAGCAUGACCCAGUUAGCCCUUGCUGGUAGAUGUCAUAAAUACACCAUCUGGCUGUAAAAAGAGCAUUCUUUCUCCAUCCACGGCCGUUCAGAAGCAGCAUUGCACUCAAAUGAAUACUAAUGCAAUAUGUAAAUCUGUAAAAUGAUGGAAUUGGUUAAGAAUCUCAGGAUUUAAGUGAUUCAUGCAAAUUAUUUAGACACAUUUGUUUUUUACAUUUGUCUUUACGCAGAUCAAGGAUUGUAGUUUCAGCACAUUUAUGAUGGUUGUAGGAUCUCCCGAGUGGAUUCUAUGGUAAAUAUAUUCUAUAGUUAUUCAAGCAUUAGUAAAUGUCACUGUUGUCAUGGCAACCCAGAGGGGAGGUGGGGGGUGUAGCCUGCCGUCUGUUGGCAUUUCUUUGUGAUCUGAAUGUUGUUCUCUGACAUGCAAAGACAUUAUAAGUAGACUUUAGCUGCAUUUUUUUCAUGUCAGCAUAUGCAAAGUGUAAAUGUUUGCAGGGAUGAGAUUGAUAGAGCAGUUGUUAUUUUGCUAUUAGCGAAAUGUUAGCAUUUGAACGCUAAGACAUGGUUAUGAGGAUGAACAAUAGUUUUACUACAGCAACCAAAGAUAAUGUAUGGUAUUAAUAACAAAUCAUUAUAAAGAAAUGGUAUAAUAUAAUAAUGAACUAAAUCGUAUGUAUUUUUGUGUUAAAUAGUAUUAUCUUUUAAAUUUGAAUUUACUUAAAUUUAUUUCAUGAACAAAUGGGUCAAAGAUGGAAAGGGGUUUACAAUUUACAGUUCUUAUUCUGUAAGUUAGAUUGUUUACUGUUUUAUUUUCAGUUCAAUAGCUUACAUUAAAUAUGGACAAAUCUAACGUUGGGUUAAAUGUUUUUAAUUAAAUUUAAAUUAUAUUUUUAAACCCAGUUGUUGGGUUUCUCCAUAUUUAAUCUGGGUUAGAACAAUGUUAAAAAUUUAAAUAAAACAACGUUUCAACAUUAUAUUAAUAUAUCAGUUACCCUCAAUGACACUGGAACAUUAUUUCACACAUAAAGUUCAACAUGUCUCUGCUGAAAAAAAUGCUUAAAUUAGCCUAAGCCCAUUGGCUGGUUUUAGCUGGUCGACUAUACUGGUUUUAGAGGGGUUUUGGGCAUUUCCAGCCUGACCUUAGCUGGUCAGGCUGGAACCUGACUAGGCCUGGUUUAAGCUGGACAUAGCUGAUUUUGGCUGGGCUCCCAGCCUGGCUAGGUUGGUCAAGCUGGUUGUGGUUGGUCAUCUCCCAGCCUGACCAGCUAAGACCAGGCUGGAAAUAGCUGAGAACCAGCCUGGAAUGGCCAAAAUCCCUGUAAAACCAGGCCGGUCGACCAGCUAAAACCAAGCUGUUUACUUUGAAAUUCACUGUAUUUAGCUUUAUCCAAUGUUGGUGCUCAAAACAGGAUAUCUCAUCUUGACCCAAUACAGAUCAUGUCAUCGAUAUACAGUAUAUUUGUUGAUUUAUUGUUUUCAUUCAAAUGUUUAGCUGUGUAAAAUUAGCAUUAUUCAAUAGUUUACAUCAAAUAUGGACAAAUCUAACAUUGGGUUAAAUGUUUUCAAUAAAAUUUAAAUGGUAUUUGUAAACCCAGUUGUUGGGUUUCUCUCUAUAUUUGACCCAACACUGGGUUAAAAUGUUUUA